AUGAAAUGGGCCCAUUUUCAAAUCAUUUCUAGCCGAUGGUUACUUACGUCCGUCGUCGUUUUCACGAUUUCCCUUUGCUCAGAGGUUUUCAGGUACGAAUUCGAUUUCCCGGCGUCUUUUUCCUCUUACGCUUACCUCUCUCUUCUCUCACUGCAAUUCUCCGAUAUCGAGCGACAACGCUUCCCCAGUCUGAUGUUUAGGCUUGUUCAGAAUCGCACUCGAAACUCCUUGUUACGGCUUAAACCUCGGGCUUAUCUCGCUCUUCCCUCUGCGCUCGUCGAGAAUCUCUCCACAGCUUCGGAGCGAUUACCCGAAACGAUUCACGAAUCUUCAGAUUCAGAGGCAAUAUGGAACGUUAUCGUAGCUAGAUCCGGCGAUAGAGUCAGCGAAGACGAGGUUUUCAAUCGUCUAUCGAACGAUGAGAUAUGUAACAGAGUAAACCUCUCCGACGCUCUGAUUCACAAGCUGCUCCACAGGUUUAGAGACGACUGGAGAUCCGCGCUCGGGGUUCUCAAUUGGGCCGAGUCUUGUAAAGGACACAGACAUUCGAGCGAAUCGUUCGAUUUGGCGGUGGAUAUUCUCGGGAAGGCGAGGAAAUGGGAUCGGAUGAGGGAGUUCGUGGAGAGGAUGAGAGGAGAGAAGCUCGUGACAUUGAAUACGAUCGCUAAGAUCAUGAGGAGAUUCGCUGGCGCAGGGGAAUGGGAAGAAGCCGUCAAGGUGUUCGACGAAUUGCGGGAAUUCGGUUUGGAGAAGAACACUGAAUCGAUGAAUCUGCUUCUCGAUACGCUCUGCAAGGAGAAGAGAGUCGAGCAGGCUCGAGCGAUUUUGCUGGAGCUCAAGUCGCACAUUACCCCGAACGCUCACACGUUUAACAUCUUCGUUCACGGUUGGUGUAAAGCCAAUAGAGUAGAGGAAGCUCUUUGGACGAUCCAGGAGAUGAAAGGCCACGGCUUUCGUCCUUGUGUGAUCAGCUACACGACGGUUAUUAGGUGUUAUUGCCAGCAGUCUAACUUCAUCAAGGUCUAUGAGGUUCUUAGUGAGAUGGAAGCUAAUGGCUCUCCUCCGAAUUCUGUUACUUACACUACGAUAAUGUCUUCUCUCAAUGCACAGAAGGAGUUUGAGGAGUCUUUAAGGGUUGCUACGAGGAUGAGAAGAUCCGGUUGUGAGCCGGAUACUCUCUUCUACAACUGUUUGAUUCACACGCUUGCUCGAGCUGGUCGGUUAGAUGAAGCUGAGCGGGUUUUCAGAGUGGAGAUGCCUGAGCUUGGUGUUGUCAUGAAUACGUCUACUUAUAACUCCAUGAUUGCUAUGUAUUGUCAUUUAGACGAGGAAGAGAAGGCGGUUGAGGUUCUCAGGGAGAUGGAAAGUUUGAAGCUUUGUGAUCCUGAUGUUCAUAGUUACCACCCGUUGCUGAGGUCUUGUUUCAAGAGAGGAGAUGUGGUUGAGGUUGGGAGGUUGUUGAAAGAGAUGGUGACGAAACAUGAGCUAAGCCUCGACGAGUCGACUUAUACGUUUCUGAUACAGAGGUUUUGCAGAGCUGAUAUGUGUGAGUGGGCGUAUAGCCUUUUCGAAGAGAUGAUUAGUCAAGAUAUCAAGCCGAGGCACAGGACUUGUUUGUUGCUCUUGGAAGAGGUCAAGAAGAGGAAUAUGCGUGAGUCUGCAGAGAGAAUCGAGCACAUCAUGAAGACUGUUAAACUUACCUCCCCUGUAAAGUGA